UACUGACGUAUAAAGUAAAAUCAACCACCAGUCUACCAGUGGUCCAUCAAAGUCCACCCCUAGAUGUUACAAACGGUAUUUUUAAAAAAAUUUUAAAACUUUUUUUUUUUUUUUUAUAAAAAUUUAUAUUAAUAUAUAAUAUAAUAAUUAAAUAAAUAAAAUAAUUAGUAAUAAAAAGAGAUCGAUAGUUGGUAGUGAUUUAUAAUACGGCGGGUUGAAUACUUGAAUUUGUAAAUGCAAUGUCAGAAUAUUGUCGCAUUACUACAAUAUGCGAUAAUUUGGAUUUAAAUUUAUAUUAUUUUAUGAUAUUUUUGAGAUUGUGAAUAAUAAUUAUGAUACACGUGGCAUCACCGACAUCACAAAAAUUUGAUAGAGUGAAACGUAAAGGUGUAGCGUUUUUAUCUGGAUUAUUCAGGACGAAACGACUGAUUGUUGGUAUGAAGAUUGAUGAGGAGGACGAAAUGGAACGACCGAGAAUCGAAACACCUGCGAUCGUUUCAAACAGGAUUCCGUCGAGUUUGAGUGUUGCGGCAGUCGAUGUUGUGCUAAGUCCCUCGUCAGUGAGUCAGUCUUCACCCUCACAUUCAAUUCUCACCCUAACGCCGGGACGGACACGAAACAUUGAUCAGGAUAUGGAAGCACUUCGUUUAAGUCGUCAAGAUAAUCCGUUUCUACAGGUAUCUUUUUGUCAGAUUUUAGCAAGUCGUGAAAGCCUAAUAGAAUCAAUGGAAGAGUCCGAGUCAGACGAUGCAAUAUUAAUGUCACAAGAAUUGGGUGACGGUGACCCUCUAACAUUAGCACAAGUUCACGAGCAUUUAGUACGAAGCCCACCGCCUGCUUCGUGGCCUCUAACACCUGCUUUUCCUUUUAAUCCAGUACCCAUUGAUGAUUCCAUUAAUACGUGUCCGAUGACGCGUUACAAAACCCCAAGUCCUUCAAAAAACACUUGCUGCAAGCGAGAUCGUAUUACGGAUUCAAGUACACUGUCUAAGAGUGAGCCUUCAAAUGAUCUCAGGGACCGACAUACGCACACAUUUUCUUUAUUAAAUCCUACUCCAAUCCGAACAUUAUCCGAAGUACGACGGCUUCACAGGUCAGCAGAUGACAAUGUUCAAUUGAUGUCAUCUGAAUAAUAAUUUUAAUGAUAAUUAAUAAUAGACUUCAAUAAAAAAAAAAUUGUUUCAAAAAUUCAUGACAGUGAACUUCCAAAAUUGAGACAAUUCUGAACUUUAAUUUGAACAUUUUUGGAACUUUGAAAAAAUUAUAAAGUGAACAAUUUUCAACUGGGAUAAGCUUUGCCUGUCGGGUUUUUCUUAUUUUUUGAGCAAAAAUAAUUUAAUUUGACAAUUUUUUGGGUCUGGAGAACUUAACAAAAAUGAAUUGAUUAGGAAUUAUGAACAUUUAUCCGAGUUACCAGAAUUAUUCAGGUAUGAGGCAAAAAAAAUAAAAAAAUUUAUGAAUAUUGUUUUACUUUUAUUAGAACUUUUUGGGAAGGUCAGUUUUUUAUCACUUUUAGUACUCGUUCAAAAAUAGUCCAUAAAAUGAGUGAUUGGAACUUUUUACUUACAAAAUUGUCAAUUCAAAUCAUUUUUGCUUAGAAAAUUUCAAAAAAAAAAUAAUAUAAACCCGCAAGAAAAGUUUACACUAGUUGAAAAUUUGGUGACACGCGUUAAUAUUUUCGCGACAAAAUAUCCCCCGACAAAAUAUCACAAUAGUUCAAAACUUUUGUCAUGGGUUUCCUCGUGAUGGAAGAAAAGUCCUAAUCUCGGGGUGUGACGUGUUUUGGGCCAAUUUUCGAAUAAACACAUACAAAAUCCGUGAAAAAAGGACACAGCACGAUAAUAAUCUAAUUAACGUUCUCUAUUAACGUUUUUAAUUUAUUAAAAAUUUUUUAUUUAUAUGCUUCAAUAGGCGAAGAGAAAGCAAUAGACCUUGCAGGCCAUCCUUGAAAUUUCCCAUCUUGGACCUAAAAGGAAAUAUACCGAAUCUAAUAAUAAAACUAUUUUUUUUUAUAUUUUGUCACAGAUAUAUUGGUCCUGGGAUAUUUUGUCCGGGGAUAUUAACGCACGUAACCGAAAAUUUUUUACACUUAUAAUUAUUUUAAAGUUCCAAAAAUGUUCAACUCAAAGUUCAGAAUUGUCUCAAUUUUGAAAGUUUACUGACAGGAAC